AUGUCUUGGGCAGGCCCAGAAGAUAUUUACCUCUCUACUUCUCUUGCCAACUAUCUUGACAAGAAACUCCUUGUUUUGCUGCGAGAUGGACGGAAAUUAUUGGGGACUCUCCGGUCUUUUGAUCAAUUUGCCAAUGCUGUUCUAGAAGGUGCAUGUGAGCGCGUAAUUGUUGGUGAUCUUUACUGUGACAUCCCAUUAGGUCUAUACAUAAUCCGUGGGGAAAAUGUAGUGUUGAUCGGCGAGCUGGAUUUGGAGAAAGAAGAACUUCCCCCACAUAUGACUUGUGUUUCAGUGGAUGAGAUAAAAAGGGCACAGAAAGCAGAAGAGGUGGCUUCAGAUCUCAAGGGUACUAUGAAAAAGCGGAUGGAUUUCCUUGAUAUGGAUUGA